GAAUUGUUUUCUUACUAAGGCAUUCUAGUUUAGUUUAUUUUAAUAAGCUAUUACAAAACUAACGAGCAAAACAUGAGUUACUUUACGGAUUUCCCUCGUUAGCUUCCUAUGCAUGUUUACGUGCGUUUCGCACGAACUCACAGCGAUUGAUAAGCCGCUUCCUAGUCAUGUGGCAAACCUUCACCUCAGCUGUCAGUCAAACCAUGUCCGUCGUGCGUAUGGUCGGUGCGUUCGCUCUCAUCCUACUAUCGCUCGUCAUCCACCGGCAAAUCGAUGCAAUCGCAUCCAAACCCAUCUGUGGCCAGCGUCCCAUUGCCACCCCGGGCACCAUCACCUACGCCCCGUCCCAGAGCUGGCCCGGUCAGUUUCCGUGGCAUAUUGCGCUGUACCGUACGGAGCAACACCUCUCGAUUUCGUACGCUUGCGGUGGAUUUCUCGUGGGCGAACGGACCGUAAUUACCGCGGCCCAUUGCGUCACGGCUCCCAGCGGUUAUCAGAUGACAGCGGAUGAGCUGAUCGUCCGCCUGGGACUGUACGAUCUGCUUACACUCGGCCGCCAGUCCCAGGAGCAUCGUGUGGGCAAGAUUCAUCGACACGGUAACUUUACGCUCGGCUCACCCCGGCAUGACCUUGCCCUGCUGACGCUGAGGACCGUCGUGGAGUUUGGUGACUUUGUACAGCCAAUCUGUUUGCCGGUGGACGAGACCACGUUGGACGGGGUGAAGUUUGGGGUCGUUUCGGGCUGGGGAUUGACGGAGAUGGAUACCCCGGCAAGGAUACUGCGAUGGACGACGAUGCCAGUGGUUAGCUUCUUUCGGUGUCUUGAAAGUGAUUCCACACUUUUCGGGCCCGUGCUGUACGAGGGAAUGUUCUGUGCCGGGUGGGGAAAUGGAACCAAUGUCUGCAACGGUGACAGUGGAGGUGCAUUCGUUGCCAACCUUAACGGCAGUUGGACAGCGCUUGGGGUUGUGUCCUUCACAGGAGUGCGAGAGGACAUCAACGGACCUCAGCAACCGUUUCGAUGCAAUACCGAAAGCUUAUCCGGAUUCAUCAGCCUUCCCAAGUACCUUGACUGGAUUGCAUCUGUAGCCUUGUUGGAAGAAGACAAUUCGUCCAGCCGCGUCGUUACGGACUCCAAUAUUUCGACGACUUCGUCAGUAAGAAUUAGUGAACAAAUGUGUCAAUCGUAUCGGGAGAGUUGCUCCGGAAACGAGGACUUCUCAUAUCUAACGUCAAUGGUUCGGCCUGUCCACGUUGGAGGAACUCCCGGUCGGUACGCUCGGUUGGUGAUUGAUUGCUUCGCCGUUCUGAUAAGUGACCGCUUUCUACUGGCUCCGGCCAGCUGUUAUGGGAGUGCAGCCCACCAAUUCGUGCUGCUGGAGGUGGCCGGCCAGGCUGUAGACUACCGCAUAAAGACGUCCCAUCGACACCCGAACUUUGUCAACAACGGCCCAACGCAGGACCAAAGCAAUCUCGCGCUAAUCGAACUGGAACGGAAGGUGUCCCUGUCCACCUGUCAGUUUGUGUGCCUUUGGACCGGUGCGGUGGAAAGUGAGCCGACCCUGCCCGACAACAUCUUUCUCUACUCGGCCGUGAAUGUUUCGGCCGGUGACAAAUCGAUCGAGUCGCCGGAGGUGACAUCCCGGGGGAGCCGCUGCUACGAUGAGUUGUUGGCGCCCAGGGUGAUGCAGCAGCAGCAGGGUCUGGACGGCAGCAGGGACGAUCGAUUGGUGGGCAUUGUUCUCGAGCGGACCUGCACGAAGAUACGCUUGAUCAAGGUAGCUCCAUUUCUGGACUGGAUCGAGCGGAUUGUAUGGCCGCAGGACACAGGGAACACGGGCACGGAGAACUACACAACACACCAGAUUGAACAGUUCAGUACAAUCUAGGAUAAGUUUUAUUUCAUUUUGAUGACUUCCCGCUCAGCACGGCACAUUUCUUUACUGGUUUACUAGUAGGAAUUCACAUGAUUUUCCAUCCAUCCUCUUGAUGAGCUCAUCACAAGCCACCGACGGCGUGUGUCCCUGUGUAGCGCUCCUGACUCCUGCUCCGACAAACUGUUGUCCUCACAUACUUAGCUUCUGACACAUUUGUUUUAAGAUACAAUCACAAUAAUGAACGUUUCGCGCACUAUGAACGUGGUACUAACUCUAAGUGUGUGUGUGUUGAUCAUUUCCAAUACAAGAAUUGAGGAAAUACUUAAACGAAAACCCAUGCCUCCCAACAACUUGCCCCAUCAU